AUGAGCCAGGCCUACUCGUCCAGCCAGCGCGUGUCCUCCUACCGCCGCACCUUCGGCGGCGCCCCGGGCUUCUCGCUCGGCUCCCCGCUCAGCUCGCCCGUGUUCCCGCGCACGGGCUUUGGCACCAAGGGCUCCUCGAGCUCGGUGACGUCGCGCGUGUACCAGGUGUCGCGCACGUCGGGCGGGGCUGGGGGCCUGGGGUCGCUGCGGGCCAGCCGGCUGGGGACCACGCGGACACCCUCCUAUGGCGCGGGCGAGCUGCUGGACUUCUCGCUGGCGGACGCCGUGAACCAGGAGUUCCUGGCCACGCGCACCAACGAGAAGGUGGAGCUGCAGGAGCUCAAUGACCGCUUCGCCAACUACAUCGAGAAGGUGCGCUUCCUGGAGCAGCAGAACGCGGCGCUCGCCGCCGAGGUGAACCGGCUCAAGGGCCGCGAGCCCACGCGCGUCGCGGAGCUGUACGAGGAGGAGCUGCGCGAGCUGCGGCGCCAGGUGGAGGUGCUCACCAACCAGCGAGCCCGCGUCGACGUCGAGCGCGACAACCUCAUCGACGACCUGCAGCGGCUCAAGGCCAAGCUGCAGGAGGAGAUCCAGCUGAAAGAAGAGGCAGAGAAUAACCUGGCUGCCUUCCGAGCGGAUGUGGACGCAGCCACACUAGCUCGCAUCGACCUGGAGCGCAGAAUCGAAUCUCUCAACGAGGAGAUCGCAUUCCUUAAGAAAGUGCACGAAGAGGAGAUCCGGGAGUUGCAAGCCCAACUUCAGGAACAGCAGGUCCAGGUGGAGAUGGACAUGUCCAAGCCGGACCUCACCGCUGCCCUCAGGGACAUCCGGGCUCAGUACGAGAGCAUUGCGGCGAAGAACAUUUCUGAAGCCGAGGAGUGGUACAAGUCCAAGGUGUCUGACCUGACCCAGGCUGCCAACAAGAACAACGAUGCCCUGCGCCAGGCCAAGCAGGAGAUGAUGGAAUACCGACACCAGAUCCAGUCCUACACCUGCGAGAUUGAUGCCCUCAAGGGCACUAACGAUUCCCUGAUGCGGCAGAUGCGGGAGCUGGAAGACCGCUUUGCCAGCGAGGCCAGCGGCUACCAGGACAACAUUGCGCGCCUGGAGGAGGAGAUCCGGCACCUCAAGGACGAGAUGGCCCGCCACCUGCGCGAGUACCAGGACCUGCUCAAUGUGAAGAUGGCCCUGGACGUGGAGAUUGCUACCUACCGGAAGCUGCUGGAGGGCGAGGAGAGCCGGAUCAACCUCCCCAUCCAGACCUACUCUGCUCUCAACUUCCGAGAAACCAGCCCGGAGCAGAGGGGCUCCGAGGUCCAUACCAAAAAGACUGUGAUGAUCAAGACCAUCGAGACCCGGGAUGGAGAGGUUGUCAGCGAGGCCACACAGCAGCAACACGAGGUGCUGUA